AUGGAGCCCAGCGCGCCGCCCCCGCAGCGUACCGCGGCUGCGAAUGCGCAGCCGGCGCGUGAGAUGAAGGAAAAAGGCAAGUGGUCCAAGAUGGGCGAGACGGUCUUUAACAAGACCGUCGCGGUAUCCGACUGGUUUGCAGGCUACGCCAACAGCGGGUCGAACAUGCUCGGCGGCGAGCGGUUUUGGCCUGCGUCGAACGACUUCCCGCUCGAGAUCGAAAAGUGUACACGUAUCCUUCGUUCCUUUACAUCCGAAGGUAUCCAAGUCAAGCCAGAGCUUUCAGAGGACGAGCGCAAGAAGUUUAAGCUCAAUCCCCCGAAAGUCACGAAAAAGAUUCCGCCCCAAGUGAUCCGCGAUGCAAAGGGCGUCUGUAUCUGGUCGAGUAUGAAGAGCGCGCUCCCGCCGUUUGGCGGCAUGAGUGGAUCGGGUCUCCUGCUCGGCCGCCUGCCGGACGGCUCGUGGUCGGCGCCGUCGGCGAUCCUGCCCAACUAUUACUCGGCCGGCUUUGUGGUGGGCCUGGAUCUGGUGGAUAUCAUCCUCAUUAUCAACACGGACGAAAUGCUCGAGUCAUUCAAGUCGCACAAGUUUGCGCUCACCGCCGACACUCACAUUUCCUCUGGGCCGAUCGGCGCGGCGUUCGCGGGGAGUAUUGACAUCAAGAAGAAGCCCGCACAGGUGUACUCGUACGUCAACUCGCGUGGCUUCUAUGUCGGCAUCGAGCUGUCGGGCCAGGCGUUCCUGGACCGCUUCGACGAGAACGAGCGCUUCUACUACUGGCCCGGCAUCAAGGCGGGCGAUAUCCUCGCCGGGCGCGUCAAGAUGCCGCCAGAGGUCGAGCCGCUGCACCGCGCGCUCCACGAGGCAGAGACGGGCGUCGCGCAGGGCGGUGUCCUGGAAGCGGUCAAGCACGACGUGGAGUUGCCGCAGGGGCCCGACACGUCGGUCCUGAUGGAGCAGAGCAUGGGCGUGCUCCAGGAAGGCGAGCGGCUCCAGCUCCCGCCCACGCCGGAGCAGCUGCAGGCGAUGGAGCGGAAUGGGUUCAAGGACGAGCUCGACGAGGAGCAGGAGCGCAAGCAACGCGAAGAGAAAGGAGAGAAAGGAAAGGAGAAGGACGGCGACGAGCUCGACGAGCUCUCCCUCGAGAAGGAUCCAGAGACGAAAGUAUAG